AUGAUACAAUCAAGUCCUGUCCAAGACACCCAGAAUGGGUGGGGAGGUGUGCCGGAGGUGGUCGCGAGCGGUUCUGCAUGGGAUAUUGGUUUUGCCCAUGGGAGCCAAAUCCCUAACCGGAUCAGGACUUGUGUUUCGAACUAUGAGCGUCUUUUCCAGGAGACUGCCGAGUGUGACUGGACGGAGUCGAAAAAUCGAGCAGCGACGUAUCUCCCAUCUCUGGAAGAAAAGGAGCCUGAUCUCGUCGAAGAAAUGCGCGGUAUUGCUGCUGGAGCCGGAGUGGACUUCUUGGACAUCCUUGCGCUCAAUUUGCGCAGUGAGAUAUCCUUGACCAACUAUUCCGAUGGAUGUACAUCGAUCGUCUCCCAGAAUCCCACGACGAAGGAAGUGUUCUUGGCGCAAAAUUGGGACUGGGUUGGUGAAGCACGCACGUCAACGGCCUUUUUCGACAUUCAUAAAACCGGGACACCACGCAUUCGAAUGAUUGGAGAAGCUGGAAUUCUGGCCAAAUUCGGGAUCAAUGAUGCUGGCCUCGGGGUGUGCAUGAAUGCAAUCAGAUCUGGAACGGUGAAUAAGAGUGCGCUGCCAGUACACCUCGCCAUGAGACGUAUCUUGGAAUGCAGAUCGUUUGACGAAGCCUUCGCCAUGCUGGAAAAGAAGGGCUUGGCUUCAUGUGUCAACUUGAUGGUCGCUGAUCGCGGAGGGAAUUUCGCAACGAUCGAAUGCACCCCCAAAGGUCUGGCUCCAAUUCGUCCAGAGCCUGGCAGUACCACGACGUUCCAUACGAAUCAUCUGUGGUCACCCAAUGUCCCGGCAGGGAUCCGUGACCACCCCUCCAAGAAUUCGUUUUCCAGGCUGGACAGGAUCAAGGAGCUGAGCAAGGAUCAGGAAGUGACCGUUGACAAAAUUCGUACUUGGCUCUCGGAUGAGCAGGGUACUCCAGUCUCCAUUUGUCGUUCGACGCCGCCUUCAGCUAAAGGCAUUGAGAGGAUGGAGACUUUGGAGACGGUGAUUAUGGAACUGCAAAAGUUGAGGCUGGAAGUAUCUUUUGGCAAACCGUGUCUUUCGCCCCCAAUCCGGACCAUUGUUAUUGAAUAG